UUCGCGCGAGGGGGGCUAGGGGGCAGCCAUGGCGGCCGAGCGGGGCCGGGGGCGGCGGCGGCGGCGGCGCGGGCGGCGCUGAGGGGGCCCCGGGAAGGCCCCGGGAAGGCUCCGGGCCUCGCCCCCCCGCCGGGGAGCCAUGAGCCAAGGCGGCGGGGCCGGCGGUGAGAGCGGCGAGCCCGAGGCUAAGGUGCUGCACACCAAGCGGCUGUACCGAGCAGUGGUAGAGGCUGUUCAUCGAUUGGAUCUCAUCCUCGGUAACAAGGCAGCGUAUCAAGAAGUGUUCAAGCCAGAGAACAUCAGCUUGAGGAACAAGCUGCGAGAGCUGUGUGUGAAGCUGAUGUUCUUGCACCCAGUGGAUUAUGGAAGAAAAGCAGAAGAACUGCUCUGGAGGAAAGUUUACUAUGAAGUUAUCCAGCUCAUUAAAACAAAUAAAAAGCACAUUCACAGCCGCAGCACUCUGGAGUGCGCGUACCGGACUCACUUAGUUGCUGGCAUCGGAUUUUACCAGCACCUUCUCCUCUACAUUCAGUCUCACUAUCAGCUGGAGCUGCAGUGCUGCAUCGACUGGACGCAUGUCACAGAUCCCUCUAAUAGGUUGGUGCUCGGCUGCAAGAAACCCGUGUCUGCAUCGGAGAAGGAGAUGGAGUGGGCACAGAUGGCAUGUCACAGAUGCCUGGUUUAUCUCGGAGAUCUAGCUCGCUAUCAGAAUGAACUGGCAGGAGUGGACACAGAGUUGCUGGCUGAGCGGUUUUACUAUCAAGCCCUUUCUGUUGCACCGCAAAUUGGCAUGCCUUUUAAUCAGCUGGGGACAUUGGCUGGGAGCAAAUACUACAACGUGGAAGCCACCUAUUGCUAUUUACGCUGUAUCCAGUCUGAAGUGUCCUUCGAAGGUGCCUAUGGGAACCUGAAGCGUCUGUACGACAAAGCAGCCAAAAUGUAUCACCAGCUGAAGAAAUGUGAAACCAGGAAGCUGUCUCCCAGCAAGAAACGGUGCAAAGACAUUAAGAGGUUGCUGGUGAGCUUUAUGUACCUGCAGAGCCUUUUGCAACCAAAGAGCAGCUCUCUGGAUUCCGAGCUGACGUCACUCUGCCAGUCUGUACUGGAGGAUUUCAACCUGUGCUUGUUCUACCUGCCUUCUCCUCCUAACCUGAGCUCAACCAGCGAAGAUGAAGAGGAGUAUGAGAGCGGCUACUCCUUCCUUCCCGAUCUCCUGAUCUUCCGCAUGGUGAUCAUCUGCUUUAUGAGUGUUCACAGCCUCAAGAGGGCAGGUUCAAAGCAGUACAGUGCAGCCAUUGCUUUCACACUGGCCCUCUUCUCUCACCUGAUAAAUCACGUCAAUAUGCGGCUGCAGGCAGAGCUGGAAGAAGGGGAAAAUCCAGUCCCAGCUUUUCAGAAUGAUGGCACAGAUGACCAGGAGCCGCGGGAGCCUUUGAACUCGAUUGAGAAAGAAGCCGAAGCUGAGUUGGCCAAUCACCAGCCCAAAGAGGAACAGCGGAAGAAUGACUGCAAGAAAAGCAAGAAAUACUCUCGCCUCUCCUGUUUGCGUCGCCGUCGCCACCCCCAGAAGGUGGAUGAGAGCGACCUGAGUGAGGGCUUUGACUCUGACUCCAGCCAGGGCUCUACAAAGGGCAGCGAUGGCUCAGAAAGUGGCUCAGAGAAGAGUGACGAGGAAGCAGAAGCUGCUUUUGAUGUGGAGACGGACUCUGACAUGAACAGCCAAGAAUCUCGGUCUGACUUGGAGGACAUGGAAGAUGAGCCGGGUGAGGAGGGAAGCAGCCGAGGCAAAAGUGGGCCCAAAGAGGCCUUAAAAAACUGUGUAGAUGGCAGUGGGCUUGGGGACUCUAAGAUCCCGAGCAUCUCUAAAACUGAGACCCCAGAUUCGGCAGUGAAUGGACCCGUUUCCCUGAGCACUAACGACGCGAGCAUAGCCAGUAACCUCCAAGCCAUGUCCACCCAGCUGUUUCAGACCAAACGCUGCUUUCGCUUGGCUCCCACUUUCAGCAACAUCCUUCUGAAACCAAACUGUGAGCCAGCUGUCUUAAAGGAUGGGCUGGACACCAAGCCAUGCGUCAACGGAGAUCUGGAGAAACCCAGCUUGGCAGAGCAAGACGAUGUGUCCGACUCUGAGGAGAGCAUUUCAAGUAACAAAUCCUGCAGGAACGAGCGAUCCCUCCAGGAGAAGCUGGAGAUCGUGACCAACGAGGGGCUGCUUCUCACCGUCAAGGUGUUCCUGGACUGGCUGAGGACAAACACAGACCUCAUCAUCAUGUGUGCUCAGAGCUCUCAGAGCCUGUGGAACAGGCUGUCUGUGCUCCUGAACCUUCUGCCUUCUGCUGCAGACCUGCAGGAAUCAGGACUGGACCUUUGUAAUGAAGUCAAGGACAUGCUGAGCGGCGCCGAGCUGCCAGACCUGCACACCAACUUGCUGCUCCCAGAAGAUGUGGCCCUGCGAAAUCUGCCCCCUCUGAAAAAUGCACACAAGAGGUUUAACUUCGAGCAGGACCGACCGAUUUUCUCAGCAGUGGAGGAGUCUGUUGUUCGGAUUUGCUGCAUUCGGAGCUUUGGCCACUUCAUUACCCGCUUGCAGGGCAGCAUCCUGCAGUUCAACUCAGAGCUUGGGAUCUUCAUCAGCAUAGCACAGUCAGAGCAAGACAACUUGCUGCACCAGGCCCAAGCCCAGUUUCACAUGGCUGCAGAGGAAGCUCGACGGAACAGGCUAAUGAGAGAUAUGGCUCAGCUUCGAUUGCAGCUGGAGGUUUCUCAGCUGGAGGGAAGUCUCCAGCAGCCCAAAGCACAGUCAGCCAUGUCUCCUUACCUUGUCCCGGACACCCAGGCCCUCUGCCAGCACCUGGCUGUGGUCAAGCAGCUGGCCACCAGCGGGAGGUUCAUAAUCAUCAUCCCUCGAAUAGUGAUCGAUGGCUUAGACUUCCUGAAAAAGGAUAACGCAGGUGCUCGGGACAGCAUCCGGUAUCUGGAGGCAGAAUUUAAAAAGGGAAACAGGUACAUUCGUUGCCAGAAAGAUGUCGGGAAGAGCUUCGAGAGGCAUAAAUUGAAGAGACAGGAUUUAGACGCCUGGAAUCUCUAUAAAAUCCUGGACAGCUGCAAACAGCUGACGGUGUCCCAAGGGAACGGAGAGGAUGACACCACGGGGAUGGUCACCAUCAUCACAGGCUUUCAGCUGGAAGACCCAAGCACGCUUUCAGCACCCAUGCAGUCUGCCAUCCAGGCAGCCACCAGCGCCAGCGUAGAAAUAAAAAACGUUCUGGAGUUCUACAAGCAGUGGAAAGAGAUGGGCUGAUGUUCAGAAGGGCAUCGGGUUGGUGUACCUUUCUCUCCCCCUCUCGGAACGUGCAGCGUCUGAACAAAGGAAACAAACAUCCAGGCGACACUCAGCCACGAAGCAGCAGCAGCAGCAGCAACGACAAUAAGAAAAAUACCUUCAAAAAUUAAAAAAAAAAAGAAGAAAAUAAUAAAAAAAAAAAUCAAAUCUGAUUCGGCACGCACACGGACACCCGCCACCUGCACCCCAACCAGACGGCUGCACAUCUCUGACGGCGCCAACUGCUCUGAGAAGAGAGAGGCAACCUCGGCACGGCCGAGGCAGAGCUCUGCCCUUCUCCCAGUCGGCAGGGACGGGCGAGAGACGGGCAGUCAUCCAUUUUUUCCCCCCUUCCUUCCCCACCAAAAGCUUGCUUGGUCAGCUGAAAUGGGCAGGCGGCUUCAAAGCGUGGACUCGACUUAAACGGAACCGAACCAGCAGAGCAGACACGGAGCCCCCCGAGCUUGGCAAAGAAGAUCCAAAGAGUGUUGAGCUUUUGCUUGGCAAUCUGGUGACAGGAAAACGUACUUUUUUUUUCUCUUUUUUUCCCCUUUGAAUGAAUUAUUUUUCAAGGAUUUUUUUUUUCCUUUUCAAUCCUUAGUUUUUCUAUCUAUAAAUAAUAUUAAAAAAAAAAAAAAGAAGUGGAGUUCCUUUGGGGUUCUGGAUACUCUUCCAAUGUCAGAGAGAAAAGGAGACAAUGAUGCUAUUUAAAAGGGGGGGGAAAAAAGCUCUUAAUAUAAUUUUUUGUUUUUUGGAACAAGCAUAUUUAUUUCCUUUCCCUGUCCCCAUGGAGCGGGCUCAGUGCAAAGGGAUGUUGGCCUGCGAGAAGAGCGCUGCGCCCGUGGCCUUGGUGCACAUCCUUGCUUCCUCGACGAGCUGCACACUUCACGAGCAGUAAGGGAUCGACCAGGCUGCUCGAGAGAGGUGAAAAGGACUCUUCCCCUGCCUUUUUUCUCCUUUUCCCCCUUCCCCGCUCCCUCCCGCUUCUUUGCUUCCAGCCUCAGGCCUUGGAGGAAAGGAGUCGAGUCCAGCAGAGCUGCUGGAAGAGGAAGAACCACGCAGGAUUCAAGCCCCAGUGAGGCUCAACCACUCGGUUGGAAUGCAGAGACUGAGAUGGAUCAAACCAGCAGACACCAACAGUCCCAAUGCCUCUUUUUUUUUUCCUUUUUUUCCUUUUUUUUCCCCUUUUUUUAAACCUUGCAGUGAGGCGUUAACGGAGGAAGCAGGAUCUCAAAGCCAUUCUCUAUUCUGCUGGCUGUUCUGCCACCACUGCUGCUACGUCCUGCUGGAGAGGGUGGCAGAACUGGAGUGGUCGUCGUGUUCCCCCCUCCUCGCAGCUCACAAACUGUCCAGUGCUUUUAGCAUCCCGCGAAGAAGGGAAGCUGCUCCACGGCUGGAUGCUGGAAGAUCAAAACUCCCCGCCUGAGCUUUCGAGGGCCCUUUCAGACCUCCAUCCACCUCCAGCAACCUGCGUUUGACGUCCCGUCACGUGCUGAUGCCUGGAAAUGAAGACACGGGUUGCUCCCAAGACAGCUUGAGCGGUGGGAGACGGGGCCGAAGGGCCUCUUGGUAAUUCAUCUGCGGCAACGGGAUGGAGAUCCAGCUGUCUCUGCCCACGUGAGCUAACAGCAGCUAUGCAAGUCAAAACCACUAGUCCUCUCCGCUCGGUUGUUUUUCACGUGGGCCAGCCAGAAGCUGCUCCAAAAGCCUUCCUCCCGCCAUGCGUUGUACUGGAGUUGGCAGGAUGUUCCUUGUUUUCAGGUAAAAAAAAAGAAAAAAAAAAAACAAAGGAAACAUAGCACAAGUCCCAGCUGCUUCGUUUGUCUUGUAUUUUGUGUUCCCUUUGCAGCAUGCAGCCUGGUAGCACAGCGGGGAGAGAAUGCCAAGCUUUAAAUUACGCCCGGAGCUGGCCCCAGCAGGGCCACGCACUCGAGGAAAGGCGAGGGGAGAGGGGAGAGGAGAGGGACAGCGUUUCCCUGCUGAUUUUUUUCCUUUUGCAGCUUCUCCCAAAAACCUGCAGGGCUUUCCUUGGCUAAACCAAGGAACCGCCACCAGUCAAAGACUCCGGCUCUUCCUGGGCACGGUUCAGAGAUCUCAGGCGGGCUGUGAAGCUGGUCGCUCCCCCCGUGCUCCCAAUUUUUUUUUAUUUUGAAGCUGUUUCUUUGUCCUAGCUCCUUCUUUUUAAUUGAUGGGGAUGGGAGAAGAAAAGAGAAGCCCCCUGUGGGCCUGGGAGCAGAGCAGGGACCCCCUCCCCUCUGGGGGCCUGGAGAGUGCUGAAAUGCCCUCCUUGUUCACUAGGGGCCUGGCUCAGUGGGAUUUUUUUUUCCCCCUUUUUUUUUUUUUCCCCUGCUGCUGAAGAAAACCAUCCUCCUCCGUGCUGCAGGGCAGAAGGGGCUGCAGCCUGCACCUCCCUGGUGGAGCCCAGCUGGGGUUGCAGUCCCCAGGCUCAACUCCCGUUCCCUUCUUGGCACCUAGUGCCAAGUGUGGAGGGUUUUGGGGGGGUGUUGCUGCUCUGAAAGCCGGAGGCUGAGGUUUGGGGACGUUUUUCAGCUUUGCCCUGGGCCUGGUGCUCCCUUGGCUGGAGCUGGAGGAGGGGGAAACGCAAAUAAAGCAGUGCCCAAAAGGGAAUUCCCCUCGUGCUGGCGGUGAGAGCGUCUCGGUUCUUCCUGGAGCUGCUGGGGGGGGACAGGACCAGGGCUGGGGGCCAGGGCUGGAGCUGUCCCCAAACAAAUAAAUUGGCCAUUUCUGCACCAAACCCUCUUACGAAGCCCCAGGGCAGGCUCAGAGGGAUUUUUCCUGAAAGGCAGCGAGGCUGUGCCCCCGUUCUCCUCAUCCACACCCCCUAGAGCCUGCCCUGCUCUCCGGAGGGGUUGUUUUAAUAUAACCCCAAUGUGUUUUUUUCCACCUGGAGAGGAAGAAAAAGCCCCAGCCCUUCAAAGGGACAUCUUAAAAACCGCCAACAAGCCCAAGGGGAGGUGGCAAGCUGCCGGAGGCUCAGCUUGGCACCUUUAAGGUCAGAUUAAGGGAAGAUGCUGAGCCCAGGACCCCUGCUCCGUGGUUUCCCCACAGCCUGGGGCAGCCCUCGAGCCUUGCAAAAACCCCUUCUGAUGCACUGCUCAGCCACACGGUGCUAUUCCCCUGGCCCUGAGCGUUUUAGGACUGGCUCCGAGCUUGCCCCAUCACCCCCUCCAUGCUGGGAAGCAGAGCAAAAAAAUAAGAGGAAAAAAAAAAAGGUAAUUUGCGGGCUAAAAGCGCUGUUUUUACUGUGUUUUCACGGGCUGUGCCAAGCGCCUCUUCCUGCCUUCCCAUCCUUGGAUGCCACCUGCAACGCCGCGGAUUUUUGGCUCUUUUUCCCUUCUGAACAUCCAGCAGAACUGCCCCGGGGAUGGGAGGAGGAAAUGGGGUGGGCAAAAAUUGGGGUGGCUGCAAGAAUGAGCGAGGGGGGAGGGCUGGAGCCCUGCGCCGCGGGUCCUGCCUCUGGCUGCGAGGCACGAGGCAGCGUCUCCCCUUCCAGCCUCCUUUUUGGAGCCCAGACGAAGCCCAGGCUGUGGAUUUGUGCCCGGGUUGCUCUUGCUGGGGGGCCGAGGGCACCUCCAGGCGGGACGAGGAGCUCGGGGGCUCUCACGGCGUGUGUCUGGAUGCGGACACGGCGGCUGGCUCAAUAAAACACACGACGUUUGUA